CAAAGAAAGAAGACGGGGGAGCUGCGGGACGCUUUGCGAAUUGCAGCCUCAGUCCUGCCAGUGCCGUGCUCUGAAAGUGUAAACCAUUUUCCGUGGAAACAAACAGCAUAGGGUUUUAGCGUUUUGGAGCAGAAGACCUAUACAGUACACAGAGUCUGAUUGAUUGGUAGAGAGAGUGAGAGAGAGUGUAAAUGGGAGGUUUAAAGGGUCUAGUGAAGAAGGGUUUGGGAGAGAUGGGUUUCAACGCAGAGGGUGGAGUCGUUAACUGGUUUCCGGGACACAUGGCUGCUGCCACCCGCGCUAUCCGAACUCGUCUAAAGCUCGCCGACCUGGUCAUUGAAGUUCGCGACUCUCGCAUUCCUUUAUCCUCUGCACAUGGAGAUUUACAGCCUCAGCUAUCCUCCAAACGCCGCGUGAUUGCUCUCAACAAGAAAGAUUUAGCCAAUCCUAACAUAAUGCAUAAAUGGGUUAAUUAUUUCGAUUCUUGCAACCAGGAUUGCAUUCCAAUAAAUGCCCACAGCAAGAGUUCUGUUAAGAAGCUUCUUGAACUUGUGGAGUUCAAGCUGAAGGAGGUAAUUUCGAGGGAACCUACUCUCCUUGUUAUGGUGGUCGGUGUUCCUAAUGUUGGGAAAUCAGCUUUGAUAAAUUCUAUCCAUCAAAUAGCAUCUUCUCAUUUUCCCGUGCAGGAGAAAUUGAAGCGAGCUACAGUUGGCCCAUUGCCUGGUGUUACUCAAGAUAUUGCAGGAUACAAGAUUGCUCAUCAGCCUAGUAUAUAUGUUCUGGACACUCCAGGUGUAUUAGUGCCCAGUAUUCCAGAUAUUGAAACAGGAUUAAAGCUAGCUCUUGCAGGAUCCGUGAAAGAUUCUGUUGUAGGUGAAGAGCGCAUUGCUCAAUACCUGUUGGCUGUUUUAAAUACUCGAGGCACUCCACUUCAUUGGAGACACUGGAAUAACAGAAAAAUGGAAGGAAUUCGAUAUGAAUCUCAGGACAAACAUGAGCAUAAUCUUAAGGAUCUUCUGCCAAAGAGGAAGAAACCACCAAAUAUGUCAGAUGUGUUGUAUAUUGAGGAUCUUGUGACUGAAGUCCAAUGCGCAUUGUAUAAAACACUGGCAGAAUUCAAUGGCAGUUUGGAGGAUGAAAAUGAUUUGGAGAAUCUUAUAGAACAGCAGUUUGAAGUGCUAAAGAAGGCAUUGAAGAUACCUCAUAAGACAUCUGAAGCUCGUUUGAUGGUAUCAAAGAAGUUUCUUACUCUGUUCAGGACAGGCAAGCUAGGCCCGUUCAUCCUUGAUGACGUCCCCGAGGUCAACUCUGUACCAUAAGAUCUUCUGGAAUUCCUUUAAUUAAUUAAUCAAUUAAUUUUUCUCAAGCGCUUUAUAGGGUGCUGUACGUACUCUGCAACAUCACCCAUGCUUGCAACAUUGUAUCCCCCCUAUAAGGUAUGGUUUAGAUUCUGGUGUUA